UGAUGGAGGCUGACCUCGCAGCUCGUGGAUUGUCCUUCGAGGUCAUCAUUCCUGAUGUCCAAGAGUUGAUAGAGAAUGAAAAGGUCAAGGCUGUGUCCAGGGAGAAAGCAUCUGCUGAUCAUGCUAUGACAUGGGAUGAAUACCAUACCCUUGAUGAUAUGUACAGUUACCUUGACUAUCUGGAGGCUACAUAUGACUUUGUUUCUACCGAGUCUAUUGGAUCUACCACUGAAGGAAGAGAUAUGAGAGUAGCGAAGAUCUGUAAAGGAGGAUGUGGGGGGAAGAAGGCAGUCUGGAUUGACGGAGGUAUUCAUGCCAGAGAAUGGAUUUCUCCUGCCACUGUAACCUGGAUGUUAAGAGAACUGGUUGAAAAUGAUGCCGAGCAUUCUGAUCUAACCGAGACCCUUGAUUGGUACUUCCUACCCUCUGCCAAUCCUGAUGGAUAUGCAUGGUCAAGAGACCACAACAGAAUGUGGAGAAAGACAAGAUCUGAUCAUAAUUCUAUCCUUGGAUGUAUGGGAGUUGAUGCUAACAGAAACUGGGGAUUCCACUGGAACGAAGGUGGGAGCUCCUCUGACAAAUGCAGUGACACCUACCACGGACCUGAAGCAUUCUCUGAACCUGAGAACGUGAAUGUCCGUGACAUGCUGAACACAAGACGAGGAGAUUGGGUCUUCUACAACUCUAUCCAUAGCUACAGUCAGCUGAUCCUACUCCCCUGGGGGUAUACUGAUGAUGUUCCAAAUGAUUAUGAUGAGAUGUACAAUCUUUUCAUGAAGGGGUCUGAUGCUCUCACAGAAGUUCAUGGCAAAACUUAUGAGGUUGGAUGCAUUCCUUGCAUGCUGUACAUUGCCAGUGGAAGCUCUGCAGACUGGGCACAUGGAGAUGCUUUGAUUCCUUACACCACCAGUAUGGAACUCAGAGAUACUGGUAACUAUGGAUUCCUGCUUCCUCCAGAGCAGAUCAUUCCAACAGCAGAAGAGGUUUGGGCCUUCCACCUUACAGUCAUCAGAGAAAUCAUGGCUAUGCAACCAUAAACUAUUCAAACAAAUAUUUUAUAGAAAGAUGAAUAAAACAUAUACAAAAUUGUGUAAA